AUGGAAGAAGAAACGUCUCAGUCAACGUCAGUCUCGCCGAAGCGAACGAGACAACGGGCGAAGCUGGCCAAGGCGGCAACAGCAGCAGCCCCUUGCACCUCAACUCAACCCAGGAGCCACCCGAAUCUAUCUACCGCCGGUACCGCGAGCAACGAAACGGCCGGCAUAAGACCGCUGCCGACGAUACUAACCCCGAAUCUCAAACUCAAAGACCUGGGGAAGCAGGGCCUCCAGCGACUCUUGCAGAAGCGCCAACGACUCGCAGAGACCCCCGUGGCAGUUCCGGACGACAUGAGGCUCAGAGGCCUCGCGCCGUCACUCAUGGCAACCCUCGUCUUCGCCCAGGAGGAGGCCGGCACGGCGGUAUGCAUCUCGCCCGAUGGGCUCCUUCUCACCUGCGCCCACUGCCUAGCCGAGACGGCCGAUGCCUUUGACCCCUCCAGAAGCCACUGGCUCCUCUUCGCCUCGUGCCAGGCCGUCGAGGCGAGAGCUCUCGCAUGGGACGCCAGACGAGACCUCGCCCUCUUGAGGAUCGUAGCAUCCCAACCACCACCCCCAUCAUCAUCAUCAUCAUCAAGAACAACAAAAUCAAAAACAAUAACAACAGCAACACCAGAGGAGCCACCCCCGGCGUUCCCCUUCAUCACACCCUCACCCAAUCCGCCGCCCCUCAAAGCCCGCCUCGUCUGCGUGGGCCACCCAGGCAGCGAGGACCUCGAGGCCGCGACCCCAGGCGCCAGCACCGGCUACGACGUGCUGCACCUCAGCACCGGGACCUUUAGGGGCCUCGCCGGCGGCGGCCAGGACCCUCAGGACAACUCGGAGAUCGGGGCGCUCAUGCACACCUGCUGGACGUACUGGGGCCACAGCGGCGCGCCGCUCGUCGACAGGCGGACGGGCACGCUCGUCGGUCUGCACUCCUCGUGGGACGACGAGACGGGCAUGCGGAGGGGGGUCGCGCUGGAGGCCAUCGUAGAGUUCCUGGAAGAGAAUGAGUGUUUUACGAAAUGA